CCUUCUCUUCGUAAAAAGAACGCUUUUUUCAUCUCUUGCCCUAUUUUAAGCAUCUUUACGACCAAGGUUGGCUUCAGUUCGAUCUCAUCUCUGGACCUUUCACAAUCUUUCAAACAAAAUUCCAAGAUGAAGCUUUUUGUGGUUAUUUUUGUGUCAAUUUUUCUUCCCCAUGGUUUCUCUGAUGAUACUUCGAACGCCGCUACGACUGGCACGCCUGUUUCGAUUGUUGGUAGAUACGAGCUUUCGAGCAGCGACAAGUUCUAUGAAUACAUGACUGCCCUUGGAGUUGGAUUCUUUACCAAGAACUUGGCGGCGGCAGCGACCCCAAUUGCGACAAUUUCAAAGGAAGGGGACUUGUGGACUAUCAAGACGGAGACGACCUUUAAGACGACCACCAUUACGUUCAAGCUGGGAGAAGAGUUUGAUGAAACCACUGGAGAUGAUCGGACUUGCAAGACCACCAUCACAAUGGACGGAACCACCAAAAUGCUAACCAACCAAGUAUGCUCUGGGAAAGCCUACCGAAUUGACAGAGAGUUUUCUCCAACCCAAAUGACAAUGAAAUUAUACGCUGACAGUGUUACAAGUACACGGAUUUACCGAAGGCUUUAAUCAGAAUCCCAGGAUCUGAUUAUGGUUACUCCUCUUGGUUGACAAGCUGACAUAUACGGAAUGGAAAACUUAAUUAUAAUAAAUUUCAUCAUAUAAAUUAUCUACAAACAAAAUUACUAAUCUUGCCGUAUUUCUAGAAUUUUUUUUACUUUUAA